AAAGAGGGAAGGAGAGAGAGAGAGUCCUGACGCCAAGCUACCUUCCUCCCGUCUGUUCUUGUUUCGCGGGUUUCCCCGAAGCAAAGCUUCCCCAAAAAGUCCACACACACACAUAGAGUCGCACACACAGAGCCCACAACCUACACAGUUCCGUUUCCAUUGAAAUUGAUCUGAAACCUAUUUCACUUUUCCGUACACUCUUCCCAAAAUAACCAGAAAACCGGACUCAAAUAACGAUCUCACCUGAAGAAAGCUGUGCAGCGGCGAGUUCAACUAUAAACGCCGAUUCGUCAUCGCCGCAUUUUUCACUUCUUCGAAAUUUAGUACUAGAGGAGAACAACAAGUCCAACUUUACCACUCGCGGUUCAACGCGCCAUUUUUUCCGAUUAAAAAUUCUUCACCUCAAACCAGUCUGAAGUCACAGCAACCGAGAGAAGGGAUUGUAAUUUCUUGCUUAAUUGCUAUUUUUAAGCUACUAUGCGGCGGCACCCGAGGUACCGCUUUUGUUUUUGCCGGAGGUGAGGCAUGGGUUGCAUUCUUGGCAAGACAGCAGCCGGAGACGGCCAAGAACAAACCGGAGUUUCGGUUUCUCACCGGCGCACCAAGGUUGAAGAACCACCUGAUGCCGCUAACACUGUGGUUAACGAUGUUAGGGCUAGGAAGGAAGUAGUCCGGAGGGAGCGAGAGAGGAUCCGCCGAAGCGGAGAUUUAAUAGCGCCGGAGCGUAGGAAACCGAAGCUCAAACAGGCGCUGAUAAAUCAGCAUGAGUGGCCGGCGUGGCUCGCUGAGGUCGCCGGCGAAGCCAUCGAAGGCUUUACCCCUCGGCGUGCCGAUACAUUCGAGAAGAUCGAUAAGAUUGGACAAGGGACUUAUAGCAAUGUCUACAAAGCAAGAGAUCUGAUUACGGGAAAGAUCGUGGCGUUGAAGAAGGUUCGGUUCGACAAUUUAGAGCCGGAGAGCGUGAAGUUCAUGGCGAGAGAGAUUCUUGUGCUGAGACGGCUUGAUCACCCCAAUGUGAUUAAGCUGGAAGGCCUGGCCACUUCCAGGAUGUCUUGUAGUCUCUAUCUGAUUUUCGAAUACAUGGAACACGAUCUUGCUGGUCUCUCUGCUUCCCCAGAUAUCAAGUUCACCGAACCUCAGGUCAAAUGCUAUAUAAAGCAAUUACUUUCUGGGAUUGAACACUGCCAUAACCAGGGUGUCUUGCAUCGUGAUAUCAAGGGUUCAAAUCUACUUCUUGACAAUGAAGGAAUUCUUAAAAUAGCAGAUUUUGGAUUGGCUUCUUUUUAUGAUCCAGACCACAAGCGGCCCAUGACUAGUCGAGUUGUCACCCUUUGGUAUCGACCGCCAGAACUUCUUCUAGGAGGUACUUAUUAUGGUGUUGGUGUUGACCUUUGGAGUGCUGGCUGCAUUUUGGCAGAGUUGCUUGCUGGGAAGCCAAUAAUGCCAGGGCGAACAGAGGUGGAACAAUUGCACAAGAUUUUUAAGUUAUGUGGUACCCCAUCACAAGAAUAUUUGAAGAAAGCUAAACUUCCACAUGCAGACUUCCUUAAGUUACAGAAACGACUUGACUGCUGUAUCAGAGAAACUUUUAAAGACUUUCCACCUUCUUCAUUACCCCUGAUUGAAACUCUUCUUUCGAUUGACCCAGAUGAACGGGGCACUGCAACUGCUGCUCUGAAUAGUGAAUUCUUCAAUACAACACCUUGUGCUUGUGAGCCAUCAAGCUUACCAAAAUAUCCUCCAAGCAAAGAAAUGGAUAUGAAAUUGAGGGAUCAAGAGGCCAGAAGGCAACGGGCCCUGAGUAGGAAAGGAAAUGCUGGAGAUGGCAUGAAGAGAGCCCGAGCCCGUGAUCGGGGUGGCCGGGCAAUUCCAGCACCAGAAGCAAAUGCUGAGCUACAAGUGAACUUGGAUCGAUGGAGAUUACUAACACAAGCAAAUUCUAAGAGCAAAAGUGAGAAGUUUCCGCCCCCACAUCAGGAUGGAGCACUUGGGUUUCCAUCAGAUGAUAUAUCACGCAAUGGGCCUGUAUCAUUUGUUGUACCUGAUACUUCUUUUACUUCUUCGGUUUUUGAUACAAAGGAGUCACGUCUAGGCAUCUCUCAUUCUGGCCCCUUGAGGAAUAGCGCAGCUGCAGGGGGCCCUUCCAGGAGGCGGCGAAAUAACAAAGAUCUCCAAAUUGCUCCAUCUCGGAUGUUCAUGCGUACGUUCAUGCCAUCGUCUAUAGGGCUUUCCAUGGAUCUAAGAACCAAGGGUAAAGAAUCUGUUUCCGAAAUUUAUAGUGGUGGACAAUAGAGGUCCAAGGUUGCGGAAUAGAAUUGUUGCACUUUUUUUUUUUCGAGGGGGAAAAGGGGGGUAAGCGAUGCUUCCGCUUCACUUGAAAUUAGAUUUCCUCAUUCUUACACAUUUGUUAAUAUUCACCCUCAUAAGUGCUUGGUGUAUAAUCCACACGAUAAAAGCUCAUAUCUUUGUAAUUUAGAUGUCAGUCAGAUGUGUAUAACUGUAUAUCAUUUGGAAGCAGGCACCGGCUUACCGUCUUGUUUAUUUAA